AUGGCAAAAGUGGGCAGAGAGACUUUUGCUGCGACUUUUACUUCAAUACAAAAAGACCUCCUUGAGAGCUACUUGAAGACAACAUAUUCGGCCGACGCUAUCACGGCGGAGUUUGCGGAUCCUAGCAAGACCUACAUGGUGGCAAGGAACCGCGUUGGUGAAGUUGUGGGAAUCGCGCAACUUCACCGAGCGCAGAAUCAUCCGUGUGUACAGUCUCAAGCACAUGAAAUGGCAGUUAUGCAGAAGGUAUAUGUCGAUACUGCGGCUCAUGGUCAGGGUAUAGGCCCAAAACUAGUUGGUUCUAUAGAACAGUUGGCUCGGAAAGAGGGGAUCAAGUAUGUAUGGCUGCGGGCCACUGAUCAUAAUGUGAGGGCCCAUAGGCUAUAUCAGAAGCUUGGAUAUGAGAAAAAAAGCGAGAUCCACGAAAAAGAAGGGCCUUACGCUUGGACAGAUUACAUCUACGUCAAACAUCUCUGA